AAUAUCUAAUUCUAACUUCAUUGAGUGCAACUCAGAUCUAAUCAGAUUCCCACCAACAAUGCUCAAAGCCAACAUUCUCAAAGGCCUUUUCCUCCUCUUCACUCUCUCCUCCGCGCAGACCCCUCCGGCACCAGAACCAGUGCCCGCAGAUGGACCUUCUUCUCCGACGAACUGUCUAGUGAGUAUGCUAAACGUAUCAGACUGUCUCUCGUACGUUCAGGUAGGGAGUACCGAGACUAAGCCAGAAGCUGCCUGUUGCCCUGAGCUUGCUGGGAUGGCUCAGAGCUCGCCGGAGUGCGUCUGUAAUCUUCUCGGCGGCGGUGCAUCGCCGCGUUUCGGAGUCAAGCUUGAUAAGCAGAGAGCGGAGGAACUUUCUUCAAUCUGCGGUGUGAAAGCUCCUUCGCCUAGUCUGUGUUCAGUUCUUGGUUUUCCAACCAUCUCUCCAGCAGGAAGUGAAGAUUCAUCAUCUGGAGGUUCUGAAGGAUCGGACAAAGAUAAGAAAAACGGAGGUGGCAUGGCCACUAAAGGUUAUGGAUUAGCUUUGAACUCUCUUGUGUUGGCCUUGUUCACGAUUUUUUCUUUAUACUGAGCAUUACAUAGCUUUACUAGGUGAUGCAUCAUAUAUUUAUAUCAUCAUUCUUACUAUAUUUCCCCUUUUGUGAUUCCGCGUAAGAAUAUUUGUUCUCGUGUGUUUCUUACAGAACUUGAGUUCUGUUAUAAUGUUAUAGUGUAGUGAGCUUGUAUUGUUAUGGAUGUUGAUUUACAAAUAAAGAUAUCAUUUUUCCAAUUA